AUGGGGUUCUUCCGCACCUUAUUUUCCUUUUCCAUUUUUGCGCUGUCGUUGGCCGACACCUCUAAGUUUAUCGGUCUCGAUGAUGUCGAUAAUAUCAUCCCUAACUCUUAUAUCGUUGUGAUGAAGGGCGCUGUCACAGAGGCAGAGUUCAAAGAUCAUCAGGUUUGGGCAUCCAGGAUCCAUCGCCGUAGCAAGCGUGAUGGAGCGGCGGAUGGGCUUGAUGGCCUCAAGACUACCUUUGAUUUCCAGGGGUUCAAGGCAUAUUGUGGAACAUUUGAUAAAGAGUCCAUCGAAAGGAUCACCCGAAGCUCUGAUGUUGACUAUGUGGAAGCAGAUCGUGUAGUGAAAAUGGCUGCCCUGAAUACCCAACGGAAUGCACCAUCUUGGGGUCUUGGCCGAAUUUCACACAAGAAGGCCGGUAGUUUCGACUACGUCUACGACAGCGAUGCCGGCAGCGGUAUCACUAUCUAUGGUGUUGAUACUGGCAUUGAUAUUCACCACCCUGACUUUGGCGGCCGUGCAACUUGGGGGGUUAACACUGUUGAUAGUGAGAAUUCGGACCAGAACGGCCAUGGUACUCAUACUGCCGGAACCUUUGCGGGAGCAACGUAUGGUGUUGCUAAGAAAGCAAGAAUCAUUGCAGUCAAGGUGCUCAAUGCCGAGGGCACGGGAUCUACCAGCGGUGUUAUCCAGGGUAUCGAGUGGAGUACCAACCAUGCUAGUAGUAACGGUCUGAGUGGCAAGGCAGCCAUGAAUCUGAGUCUCGGUGUCCGUAGCUCUAGUGUUUUUAACAGCGCAGCUGAAGCAGCACAGAGGUCUGGUAUCUUCCUUGCUGUGGCAGCUGGAAAUGAUGGGUUCUCUCCAGCUUCUGCAAGAGGUGUUUGCACCGUUGCUGCUACCGACGCUCAAGACCAAGCAACGUCUUGGUCUAACUAUGGAUCGACUGUUGCGUUAUAUGCUCCAGGGGAUAAAAUACUCUCAAUAUACCCCAAUGGAGGAACGGCGACGCUGUCCGGUACAUCGAUGGCUUCUCCUCACGUUUGUGGAGUCGGCGCAUAUCUGAUGGCCCUUGAAGGAAUCGGCCCAGGCAGAGUCUGUGACCGCAUUAAACAGCUCGCACUGGAAAGUGUGAAAAACCCAGGACCAGACACCACUAGAAGGUUACUCUAUAACGGUAGUGGUGCGUAA